AUGCCGCGCCGCACCUACACUCUUACUGAGCUGCUUGGUCUUCGGAUGACGCGGACCUCAGGUGAUGAAGUCUUGACCCUGAGCGAAAACCCCGACAACCCAACUCUAGCCGACAUCCUUCGUCGCCCUGGAAGAGAGUCUUCUUCUGGCUCCAGCUGCAAACCAGCGGCCAUCAGGCCUAAGGACGAUUCCUCUGUGACUUCUGACGAACUCGUAUUCAAGGGCACCAUGAGUCGCCGCUCGGGUCGCGACCUAGCUCGACAAGCGUCUCAGAAUUCUAUCCGCCACCCCGUCCGCGACUCUGUCAAGGACCUGGCCCGGGACAAUGCCCGCAGACCUGCCCGGGAGUCUGACUCGGAACCCGCUCGUCCCACGGAAUGGAAGUAUUCUGGCCGAAGCGAGACCGAGGCCGCCGCUGCAGAGCCGAUCCCCGCGCCUACCGGUGCCCCAGCCCAGCGAGACGAAGGCUUUCAGCGUUUCUACAAGGCUGUCGUCUCACCCACACAUGUCCGCGUGACGGCUGGUGGUCGAAUUGUCCCCAAUACCCGUGGUCCCCCGUCACCGACCUCCAAGCGGUCCAGCGACAACUCAGCCAUGGACAAUCAGAGCGCGCCUGAUAAACCGGCACUCAGCAAACCAAUGGCGGCCCCGAUCGGCCUUGGUCAGCCUGUUCCAGUCGUGCCGCAGCUCGUAGCUGGUUAUCCCGCCGGGUUCCAGCCGAUGCAGGCUCCAAUUUCGUUUGUGCCCAUGGCAUUGGGAGCUCCCCUGCCUCCUGGAUUCUCGUUCGCCCAGUCUUCUCUCAAUCCUGCUGCCGUGGCACCCAUGGCACCGGACGGCGCUUUGAAAGACAUGCACAACAUCAAGGUCGAAGGCGUUCGGUCGGAUGCCGCUGCCCCCAAUGACAAGCACGGCCAGGCGGAGAUCCCCGGUUUCUUUGACGGCACCAAGCAGUACUUCUACAACGGUCAGCUGAUGUACCCUGUUGGAGCGUUUUCGGCUGCUCUCGGCAGCCCGAUGGUGCCCGUUCAGAUGGUUGGCAUCCCUCACGGCGUUGCGCCGCAGGUUCCGGGGCAUUACUUGCAAGCUCAGCCGGCGCCGCCAGCCCCCUCCGCGGGGACCGGAACGUCAUAUGCGCCAUCGAACCAGAGUCUCUCUGGAAUUCCGCCCGUUGUUAACCACAUUGUCCCAGCUAAUGCCAACUUCAAUGCGGCUACAGCCCCCCCGAUGUCGUCGAUCAAGCUCAGCGACAUCACGAAGAAGCAGAUCGCCUCUUUCAAGCAGAGCCUGAAAUACCACGAGGAUCAGCUCCAGUACAACCGGCACCAGAUUGACGAGAAGGACAUGGAGAACAAGAUCCAAAUCAUCAAGGGCCACAUUCAAAGAUUCGAGGCGACUCUGACGGCCCAGCUUGAGUACGAGGAAGCGCAGCGCAGGGCCGCCCAGGAGAAGGAGGAUAAGAAACCAUCCCAGCCUCUUGCAGCCGCUGAACCCGUCCGAAUUCCGUCCCAACCCGUCGCGUCGAUGGCACAGACGGAAUGCCGAGCCCCGACCUCUGUGAAAGAGACGGACGAGGCGAUCAAUCGCAAAAUUGGGCUUGCCAGUCACGGUCUCAACGCCAACAGCGGUGAGAGCGGAAAAGCCAUGUUUAGAAGUCACGCUGAGCAUGGCUUGCCGAAUGUACAGACGCUUCCGAGCGAAGCAGCCCUGGCUCCCAUCUUCCAACCCCGUGGUUAUGCUUCGACCUGGACGGGCAGUAAGUAUGCCAGAGAAUUGAAGGCCUAUGAGGAGUCAGAAAAGGGGCUCGCGGCAGCGGAGUCUAAGAAUCUGGAGAACAUCCGCCUGGGUGAGCAGCGGUCGGUGUCCCAGCCGUUCGCCGCCUCCAUGGCAGCAGGGACGCAUGCUGAGGGCAACCGCAACGCUGGGGUUCAAGACACUCGAUCUGACAGGAACACCAAGGCCGGAGGAAAGCAGCAGUCCAAUCUCGGAGUGCCGUACUUACUUGGCACUCUUCCCAAAGGCGUCAAUCCUCGCACCGCCAGGGAUCAGGACUACGUGUACAACCGGCCGCUGACCGACGAGGAGCGCCGCGCUCGCUUUCUGUACUGGGGCAAGGCCCCCAAGUCCGCUGUCAAAGGUCUGCCCAAGUAUGAUGGGAAGCAUUUUUACCCGCCCUCGCCGGUCAAGGAGAGCGCGGCCGAGCCUGUUGCUCGGGGCAGCACCGAGGAUCGCAAGACAGACUCGGAUGCCGAUCCAUUCCGCCCCAAGACACCUGUACAGCGGGGAGAUGGCAGGGGCAUGACUGCUAGCGAGGACAACUGCGCCGCUGGCAGACUCGCCAGAAAAAUCUCGUUUGAAAGUCAGGUCAAUAGCAGCUCGGAGGACUUCAUUGCGGGCGGCGGACCUGCCAAGGGUCGUGACGACAGCACCGAUCUCAGCUCUGUUGGUUCCGCUGAGCGCCGCACCGAGAAUGCAGUUGGAAAGCUUUGGGAGUCCGUGCUCAAGAAGGGGCAGAGCAGCAGUGCUCUCUCCUCGACCACCGCUCAAGGCUUGCUGCCUCACUAUACCGGCAACGCCGCCGCAUCGCUGGUUCCGUCGCUGAGCACGAACCAAGCAUCCUCCCCCAGAGACGGCGCGCCGGGUAAGCUUUCGGACGUCCAGGACCUGACCGAUGGCGGCGGUGCGCCUCUCUCGGCUGUUCCGGAGAAGCUGGGAGAGAACCGUCCGCCCAACGGCGUGAGCUCGCUCGAGGACCAGUUCAAGCACCUCAGUAUGGAUGCCACCAGCCGUCGCAACCUGGGCCCAGCCUUCGGCAUGUGA